UUUUUUUUAAUUAAAAAAACAACAAAAUCGUUUGACGUUUUCAUUGUUGAUUUUUUUGUUAAAAAUAAAAUAUGCGAAUAUACAAUUUUCUGUGCAAGAAAGUGGGCGAAUUGACAGUAAAAUAUUCCAACCUUCCAGAAUCAUACAUCAAAAGAAGUUAUGAACAGGUCUAUUGGAGGAAUCCUAAGGGCUAUCCACAGUACCCGGCAGCGCAGAUAGCUCGGAAGAAGUAUCGUUUCACUACGAAUAGACCAUGGACUAUGCAGUUCGCGCGGCAGAAUGAACGUACUACACAGAGGAAAAAAGUGUUCCUUGAACCUAUAGGAGAAUGGAUGAUUUUCAAAGGUGACAGAGUGGAGAUACUGGUGGGCAAGGAUAAAGGCAAGCAAGGCAUCGUCUCGCAAGUCAUUCAGGAGAGAAACUGGGUCUUUGUGGAGGGACUAAACACACAUUUACGCAUUGUGGGUAAAGACAAAGAGUUUCCUGGUGUCACAAUUCAGUCAGAAGCACCCCUGUUGGUUACUACGGGAGUGAAGCUAGUUGAUCCGGAGACGUUGAAGGCCACUGAGGCUGAGUGGAGGUACACAGAGGAUGGAGAAAAGGUGCGGGUGUCAAUCAGUAGCAGUCGCAUCAUACCAAUCCCCAAAGCAGCCCAGGAGACCAUGGACUACAAGAGCAAAGAGCUGUACAUAGAGAAUGUUGAUAAGGACACCACUGCUGCCAUCGCUAACAAGAUCACAUUCGAUCCUAAGCUACGUACAUUUGAAAUGGACAUCAUGGAAUCAAUGGGCAUCGAAGAAGACAGAGUACCCGCCAAGUCCUACUGGUACUAACAUAAUACUAUUUGUUACAUAUAAGAAUAGGUUUUAAAUGUUAAUAAAUUAUAUUAGUGAAUU